CGACCACGACGCGCGCAAGGAGAGAGAGCCCAGGCAGCAACGCGCCCAGGGACAAGCAUGGCGAGCAAUCCGGUGCUGGAGCUCAUGACGAGCGCCGACGAGCUCGCGCGAGCCUUUGACGCGACGCAUUCCCAGACGCUGGGCCCGCUCCAGACGCUCGUCGAACUCCUCGGCGUCGCGCCCGACUCACUCGAGUCCGACGAGCCAACACCCGCGCUCGAGACGUGCCUCUCGGCGCUGCGCGACGGGCUGGACCGGAUGGAGGCGUGCGUGUCGCAGAUGAUGCAGCUCCUCUACCAUGUCGAUGUCUUUCUCGCCCAGCCAAAGGUGCAGGGUGUCAGUGGCAUGGACCCACAGGAGGCGCUCGGCCACGUCAGCGAGCUCUUCCAUACGUACCAGUCGGAGCUCUUUACCAGGCGAGAGGCGCUGGGCGACCUGACGUGCCUCGAGAUUGGGCCGCAGGACUUUGCACAGAAGUGGAGCAGCAUGGCCGAGGUGCAGAGAGGGAGAAAGCAGACGAUGGACGACCUCGCCGACCUACUUGCGGGGCUUGGCUGAGCGGUCUCCCCCGUGAUCACCACUGUAGGACGAACACUGUACUGUACAUUACUUCAGCAAGGAUCUGCUUCAUGCAUUGCAAACAUCUAUUCUACCGCUAUA